UACUAGCAACGAGCUUACGACAAAGAGUAUAACAAUGGCCACAAUGAUGAGGGUUGCAAGAACAGCUAAACAAUACGUUAAACCAUCCUCUACUACCCCUCCUCAUCUUAGAAACUUCAAACUUUCCCUCUUGGAUCAGCUUGCUCCUUCAUUGUACGCCCCUAUGGUGUUCUUCUACCCUAUGCAAAAUACUCGAAACCUUAAAAAUGAGCCAGUGAAACACCUAAAACAAACACUCUCCCCUUUCCUCAACCGUUUCUACCCCUUUGCUGGAAGGAUUAAAGAUCAUGUCUCAAUUGAUUGUAAUGAUGCCGGUGUUGAGUUUUUGGAGGCUAAGGUAAACACCCGGUUAGGAGACUUCUUAAAACAACCUGAUGCCGAUGCUUUGAAACACUUCCUCCCCGUUGAUAUUGAGUCUAAGAAAAUGGGGACUAAUAAUUUGGUUCAUGUACAAACUAAUACGUUUGAGUGUGGAGGAAUGGCGCUAGGCAUAUGUUGGUCACAUAAGAUCACAGAUGGUGGGACAGUUUCCGCGUUCAUGCGUGGAUGGUCUUCUAUGGCCUCUAGGUCAGGCAAUGAGGUGAUUCCGGAGUAUGGUGCUUCUUCUUUGUUCCCUCCAUUAGACUCCUCAAUCACGCAAUAUGCACUUAAGCUAGACACGGAUAGAACUUCCACAAAGAGGUUUGUGUUUGAUGGAUCAAAGAUUGCGAAGCUCAAGGCUAGGGCUGCGAGUGAGGGUGUCCCUAAGCCUACUCGAGUUGAGGCUGUCUCGUCCCUUCUUUGGAAAUGUGCAACAAAGGCCUCAAGAGCAAACUCGGGGUCUCAGACAUUAUCAGUGAUGUCCCAAUCCAUGAACAUACGUCGAAGGACCUCACCACCCUUGCCAGACACUAGUAUAGGCAAUCUUGUUGGCUACUACGUAGCAAAGAUGGAAGAAAAUAAUGGUGACCACAUAACACACUUGAGAGAUUUGGUGGCAAAGCAAAGGCAGGGGAAAACAGAGGCAAUUAACAACUACGCGAAGAAGCUGCAGGGGAAAGAUGCAUAUGUAGUGAUCCGUGAGCUAUUCAAAGAGGCAGGAAGCCUACUAAGAAGGGAAGAUGUUGAUUUCUUCAAGUGUCUUAGUACAUGUGGAGAUGGGUUAUAUGAUGCCGAUUUUGGGUGGGGGAAGCCAACAUGGCUAAGCUUGGUUAGUUUAGGUUACAAGAACACUUUUGCCUUAAGUGAGACCAAAGAAGGUGGUGGAAUUGAAGCUUGGGUGACCUUAAAAGAAGAUGAUAUGGCCUUAUUUGAGCGCAAUUUAGAACUCCUUGCGUUUGCCUUGCCGAAUCCAAGUGUCUUAGUAAUGGAUGAAGAAUCUCAGUUGUUGAAACAAGUAGAAAGAAGAUUGAUAUUUGAUGAUCCAAGCCACAACCAAACAUUGCUAACUUGGUGAAGUAUACUACUAAAUUUAAUGCAUUGUAGUGUUGUAAUUCAAGUUUUCUAAGCUAUUGCUUGCUUAUUCUUUAUAUUGCUUAUUCUAGCAUGCAAAAGAAAGAUUUAUCUUUCUUAUUGUAACAAGUUUCACGAGCUAUAGUCAUUAUGCCAAA